CCUACAGCCAUGGCCAGCACGGCAAGCGUCAUUUCCAGCACUGGAAGCUCAGAGCUGUCCUCCCUGUCAGCGAACAUCAAUAAUGCUGCUGACAUCUCUGUCAUUGUCAUCUAUUUUGUGGUGGUGAUGGCUGUUGGAGUGUGGGCAAUGCUGAAGACAAACAGAGGCACCGUUGGAGGCUUCUUCCUGGCGGGACGAGCUAUGACUUGGUGGCCAAUGGGCGCCUCUCUGUUUGCCAGCAACGUCGGCAGUGGCCACUUUGUGGGCCUGGCUGGGACAGGUGCAGCUUCAGGAAUUGCUGUUACAGCAUUUGAAUCACAUUCGUUUGCCUUGUUGCUGCUCCUGGGGUGGUUUUUUUUGCCCAUCUAUAUCAAGGCAGGGGUGAUGACCAUGCCAGAAUAUCUCAAGAAGCGGUUCGGUGGGAAAAGACUCCAGAUCUAUCUCUCUGUCCUCUCCCUUUUCAACUGUGUGGUGCUGUCAAUCUGAGCGAACAUCUUUUCUGGAGCCAUAUUCAUAAAGCUGGCUUUUGGGUUGGACCUUUACCUGGCUAUCUUCAUCCUUUUGGCUAUAACAGCUGUUUUCACAAUCACAGGGGGCUUGGCAUCUGUGAUUUACACAGACAUCCUCCAGGCCAUCAUUAUGCUCAUUGGAUCUUUCAUUCUCAUGGUAUUUGAUAAGCCAGGACUGUCAUUUGUUGAAGUUGGAGGCUAUGAAAAUUUUACAGAGAAGUACAUGAACGCCAUUCCAUCUGUGGUGGAGGGGGACAACCUGACCAUCAACCCCAGGUGCUACACUCCUCAGGCAGACUCCUUCCAUAUUUUCAGAGACGCGGUCACUGGAGACAUUCCCUGGCCAGGAACCGCAUUUGGAAUGGUUAUUACAGCCAUGUGGUACUGGUGCACAGACCAGGUCAUUGUACAGCGCUGCUUGUGUGGCAAGAACAUGUCUCACGUGAAGGCGGCCUGCAUCCUGUGUGGCUACCUGAAGCUGCUGCCCUUAUUCUUCCUGGUGAUGCCAGGGAUGAUCAGCCGCAUUCUGUACACAGGCACAUACAACCUGGGUGACUCUAAUACAUCACCAAGUCCGGCUCCCAACACAAGGUACAAUGGUGGCUGCCUCUCAAACACAGAUUCUCCAUGCUCUCAGGAAACACUGCCUAAAAGAUUUCACCUCAGUGAUGCUUCUUAA